AUGUCUGACAGGCCGGCCUACCUCAGCUCUGAUGAUGCCAAAUACUCCCUGGGUAUUCAUCGGGGUCCAUUGUUCUCCAAGAAUGUCGACGAAGGCUCCAAACUCGCCCAGGUCGAGUCGGCCGGGGGUCUCUCAUUAGCGACGAGAGAGCUGAACAGGAAAGAGAAGUUUGCGCGCCAUUGGAAGCGAUUCUGGUGUCUGCAUCUCUUUGUGACCAUCAUCUUCCUGGCGAUUUUCCUACCAGUCUUCUUUCUCGUGGCCAUCCCCGCCAUUUCGCAGAUGGUAGUCGACAAGUCCGACCUGGUUCUCGUCAAUGCAGCAGUACUGAACCCGCGACCAGAUCGCAUUCAGCUAACGCUGCAGUCUGCGCUGGACCUGAAGAUCGCGCUGCCCGUGCGCAUCGAACCAAUCACCUUAGAUCUGUUCGUGCGUGACGCUGGCCCAGAGAAUAAAUGGGCAACUGCCAGCCUGGAUGGGAUGGUGGUAAAGGGGAAUACCACGCUGGGUGUCAGUGAUGUGUCGACACCAUUGACCAAUUUGACCACCUGGGUGGAAUAUGUGCACAAUGUUGUGUUCAAGGAGACGACGCCGUUGUCGAUCAAGGGCACGACCAAUUCGUAUCUGGGUGUACUCAAGUCUCCUGUGACCAUGGACAAGGAUGUUGUGUCUCCAGUUCUCGACCAAUUCAAGGGCUUCAGUAUCUCCGACAGCGGUCUCAUCCCAGCCCGUGACGAUGGCACCAAUCUAGUUGGCAACGCCACACUCCCCAACAAAUCAGUCCUAACCCUCGACAUCGGCACAAUCGUACUAGACAUCCACAGCGGCGACCUACUAAUCGGCAACGCCACGCUGAAAGACGUAACCCUCUACCCAGGCGACAACACCUUCCCCCUAACAGGCGUGCUAGACCUAGGCCUAAUAAUCCAAAACCUAGGCAAAGUCCUCGCCUCCCAAGCCUCAGCCCUGAAAUCAGGCAAUCUCGCCCUGGACACGAUAACCAGAACCGUCACGUGGAACGGGACACUGGUACCAUACUACACAGACGUGAUGAAGCAAUUGACCCUAACGGCCAACGUGGCACUCGCCGACCUGCUCAAGAAUACAAUCCACAAUUUCCUAAACGGAAACUCGAAUAUCACGAGCCUGAUCGGCUCGCUAGGCAGCGACAGCGGAGGCAGCGGCCUCCUGUCAAACCUGACAGAUAGUAAAAGUGCCAGCGAUACAGCCAGUGCUGCUCUCGCCGAAUCCUCAUCGCUAUCAUCGAAGCUGAAGAGGAAUGAUGCCGUGCGGGAUGUAUUCAAAAAUGAACAUCCCAUCAAGCGGGAUGCGAUUAUUGACUCGCUUGCUGGUCUCUAUAUGGAACACCAGAAAUGA